AUGUUAAAUUCGGUCAGCACAAUUUCACUUUUAUUGUUUUGGGCAGAUUUAUGGCUUAUGUUAUGUUCUUUAUAUACCAUAGUUGAAAGUUGUUUUGAAGUUAAAGACAUUGAAAGUUAUCUUGAAAGUCGCCUUGAAGUUGAAAGCAAAGAAAACCCGACUAAAGUUAAAGACAUUGAAAGUUAUCUUGAAAGUCGUCUUCCGACUAAAACCAGAAAACAUGAUUACGAAAACUAUCUAUGCUCAGCACUCUACCCAAAAAACCUACAAUACGCGUAUUAUGCCAUUCGUGCAUUCAAUGUCGAACUUGCGAUGGUACGUGGAAGUGUUAGUAGUCAGCUCAUUGGCAAAAUGAGAAUGCAAUUUUGGCGUGAAUCAAUUGAUAGCAUUUUCAAGGGAAACCCACCGCAUCAUCCGGUCGCACUUUUAUUAAAUAGCACAUUAGAACAUUGUAAACUAUCGUCUCUUUUCUUCAAGCGGAUUAUCAAUGAGCGGGAUGCAAAUUUAGACGAUCCUCCAUACAUGUCUAUUAGAGAUCUGGAAUCCUAUGGAGAAAACACAGCUUCCUGUCUUCUCUAUCUACAACUAGAAUUACUUGGCAUAAAAAACAUACAAGCAGAUCACGCGGCAAGUCAUAUCGGCAAAGCAACAGGGAUCGUGACAAUAUUACGCGCGUUCCCAUAUCUGGCAAGUAAGAGAAGGAUGUAUCUACCCGCGGACACGCUGGCAAAAUUCAAAAUCUCCGAGGAAGCAAUUUUUCGCGAGGGUCCUACUGUUAAAGGACUCGAAGAUGCAGUUUUUGAGGUGGCGACCACUGCACAUGAUCAUUUGUUGACGGCGAGAUCUUUCCUGCCAGAAAUUCAACGAGAAGCUAUGCCAGUUUUUUUGUCUUCGAUUGCUUGUGACAGUUAUCUCAAACGAUUGGAGAAAUAUAAUUUUAACGUGUUUGAGCCAAAAUUGAGUGUGCGCGAUUGGAAACUUCCUUUUUUAAUAUGGUGGAAUUAUCGAUCAAAUAAAUUCUGA